GUGAACCUCAGAGACGAGAAGUAACCCGUCGAGUGAGGACGUGUACGUGUGUCUGUCUGUAUUUGUGUCGACCCAUAGCGUAACUAAUAUGUUUAAUCUAUGUGGCGUACCUCAAGGAAACACUAAGGUCCGUUACUGUUUAGGAAAAUAAGAAAGUUAAGUGUUUAAUAAUGGCAAGUCCCUCAAAGUGGCUUCAUAAGUGCGAAAUAUCGGGCUAUGUGUCUUAAUUAAGUGUCUAAGGUCAUUUAAGUGAGAAAGAUUGGGAAAUAUUACUUAGUUAUUGUGAUAAGUGCCAAUUGGUCGUUAAGCGUGGAUUAACUACCCUACAACUGCUCGUUAAGGAAGGGUACUACCAUGGGCUUGGCUACGAGAUGAGAAGGCUUGAGGUUUAAUGGCCUGGCCUCGUGUACUGGCCUCCAGGCACCUGGUAUAGGAAGCCAUGGUGCCCUAUACCCUCCCAGAGGCCGCCCACUAUCGCCUCCUCCCGCCCACACCACCAACCAAGAUGCAUGAUGAAUCAGGCGGCCAUCUAAGAUAGCCCCAUGGCGACUAUAAAUUCUAUUCUGUGUUAUAAUAUAUAUAUAAAUAAACAUAUAUAUAUAAAGAGUUGUAUAUAAACGUGGUGUUGUGGUGGUAAUGGCGCGGAUGGUGGAGCUACCCUAUGUCUUAUUGGCGUUCUGUGCCAUAUUGGCCGGUAGUGAGGCCAAGUCUACUGAUUUUAUAAAAGAUAACAGAGAAUAUAUAUGCAUCGGUACUACUGGCCGUAUGUCCGUACCGUCCAACCGUGAGCACCACUACAGGAAUCUACGGGACCGGUUUAUUAACUGCACGUAUGUUGAUGGUAACUUAGAACUGACGUGGCUACAAGAUGAAGAUUUAGACCUCUCCUUCCUUCAGUAUAUCCGUGAGGUAACGGGCUACUUACUAGUGUCACACGUCGACGUUAAGAGGAUCGUACUACCUUCACUACAGAUCAUUAGAGGUCGGACGCUGUUUAAAAUCUCGGUAAAAGAUGAGAACUUCGCCCUCUUGGUCACCAUGUCCAAGAUGCACACCCUGGAGAUGCCUGCACUCAGAGACAUCCUAGAAGGCAGCGUAGGAAUCAUCAAUAACUACAACCUCUGUCACAUGGAGACGAUUCUAUGGCCUGAGAUCAUGUCAGAUGCCCACGCCAGAUACGAUUUCGUCUACAACUUCUCCGAGCCGAGAAGAUCCUGCCAGUGUGACCAAUCCUGUGAUAAAGGAUGUUGGGGGGAGGGCGAAAACAACUGCCAGAAGUUUAGCAAGUUGACGUGUUCGCCCCAGUGUAGCCAGGGGCGGUGUUAUGGACCCGGCCCUAGAGAUUGUUGUCAUCUCUUCUGUGCUGGAGGCUGUACGGGUCCGACGCAACGGGAUUGUUUGGCCUGCAGGAACUUCUACGACGACGGGGAGUGUAAGCUGGAGUGCCCGCCGAUGCAACGCUACAACACCAUCACGUACUCCUGGGAGGCCAACCCCAACGGCAAGUAUGCAUACGGCGCCACCUGCGUCAAGAGCUGCCCGGAACACCUGCUCAAAGACAACGGGGCGUGCGUCAGGUCGUGUCCUACGGGGAAGAAGGUCGUCAACGGAGAGUGCGUCCCCUGCAGCGGUCCGUGCCCCAAGACGUGCCCGGGUACGGAGUUCAUCCACGCCGGGAACAUCGACGACUUUAAAGGUUGUACGAUAUUCGACGGGGGGCUGACCGUCAUGGACCACUCGUUCGCGGGGUAUCAGUACGUCUUCCCUAACUACACGUUCGGGCAGAAGUUCCCCAAGAUGCACCCGUCUAAACUGGAGAUCCUCAGCACGCUCAAGGAGGUCACGGGUUUUAUCAACAUUCAGGCCACGCAUCCGGAGUUCACUAACCUCUCCUUCCUCAGAAACUUGGAGGUCAUCGGAGGUCGUGACCUGACCGAGUAUUUCUCUUCCAUCUACAUCAUUAAGACUUCCCUCAAAAGUCUUAACCUCAGGUCACUAAAAAGAAUUCGAUCAGGAAAAGUCUGUAUAUUAGAGAACAAGGAACUGUGUUUUGUGGAAAAGAUAAACUGGAAGAAGUUUUUGGGUAAUGGCGACGACACCAAGACCAACCCCCUGACGCUGCUUCAGGCCAACGCUAACAACGACCACUGUGUCGAGGAAGGUCUGGUCUGCCACAACGAGUGUAGCGACGAAGGCUGCUGGGGGAUUGGGGACAAUGAAUGCCUUUCCUGUAGGAACUUCAAGUUGGGCAACAGAUGCGUCAACAACUGCAACAAUCCCGGGAUCUACAACACGGACGACACCGAGUGCGGCUUCUGUCAUAACCAAUGCGACAACAGCUGCUACGGACCCGACUCCAACCACUGCAGUAGUUGUAAGAACGUUAAAGACGGCCCAUACUGCGUGGAGAGAUGCCCGGACACCAAGUACGACGGCGGCGGCGAGUGCAUACUGUGCCACGAGAACUGCGACGGGGGGUGUAAUGGGUCCCAGAACACCAUAGGGGAGGACGGCUGUACGUCGUGCAAGAAGGCCGUCAUCGACGAGAACCUGGAGGUACAGUACUGCCUCUCGGAGAACGAGCCGUGCCCCAACGGGUACUUCUCCGAGUGGGUGGUACACCAGGAGACCGGUCACCUCAAGAGACUGGCGGGUAAAACUGUCUGCCGCCACUGUCACCCUCGCUGCAAGAACUGUACGGCCUAUGGCUUCCACGUCAGCGUGUGUCACGAGUGUGUCAACUACCGCCGGGGGGAACACUGUGAGGACGAGUGCCCUCAGGACCACUACGCUGACGACGAACUCCAUGAGUGUUUAAAGUGCUCAUCGGAGUGUUCCAAUGGCUGUUCCGGACCACUGGAGUCGGAGUGCCAGACGUGUCGUAACUACAGGAUCUAUCUGGUGGGUGAACCUCGGAUGAACAACACCAGAUUCACCUGUACAGCCUCUUGUCCUGCCGAACUACCCUACAAGAUCUUCCCGGAGGACGCCUCGGACCCCUACUGUGGCAAGGACCCUCUGCCGAUACCCUUGGACGACGAGAGCAUCCCGGCCAUCUUGGGGGGAACUCUGGGGUGCGUGUUCCUCCUGUGUACCUUCCUGGCCGUGUUCUGUUACCUGUGGUGGCAGCGGAACAAGACCAAGGAGGCGGCGUUGAAGAUGACCAUGACAAUGAUGCCCUACGACGACAACGAGCCGCUCAAGCCGACCAACAUCAAGCCUAACCUGGCCAAGCUGCGGAUCGUGAAAGAGGCCGAACUGCGCAAGGGCGGGAUACUCGGGUACGGCGCCUUUGGUACCGUCUAUAAGGGCGUCUGGGUGCCCGAAGGAGAGAACGUCAAGAUCCCCGUAGCCAUAAAGGUGUUACGCGAAGGUACCGGGACAAACGUGAACAAGGAGAUCCUAGAGGAGGCAUAUAUCAUGGCGUCCGUGGAUCAUCCCAACCUUCUGCAGCUGCUGGCCGUGUGUAUGACCACCCAGAUCAUGUUGGUGACGCAGCUGAUGCCUCUCGGAUGCCUUCUAGAUUAUGUCCGCAAUAACAAAGACAAGAUUGGAUCCAAGCCACUUCUAAACUGGUGUACCCAAAUUGCUCGAGGGAUGACUUAUCUGGAAGACCGCAGGCUGGUACAUCGUGACCUAGCAGCCAGAAAUGUCCUGGUGCAGACGCCCAACUGUGUCAAGAUCACGGACUUCGGUUUGGCUAAACUCUUGGACUACAAUGAGGAUGAAUACAAGGCUGCGGGAGGAAAGAUGCCCAUUAAGUGGUUGGCUUUGGAGUGUAUACAACAUAGGAUCUUCACCCAUAAGUCUGAUGUUUGGGCUUUUGGGGUGACAGUGUGGGAAAUCUUGGCAUAUGGCGGACGGCCUUAUGAGGACAUCCCGGCCAGAGAAGUCCCGGACCUGUUAGAGAAAGGUGAACGUCUACCCCAGCCGGCCAUCUGUACCAUCGACGUCUACAUGCUCAUGAUCCGCUGUUGGAUGCUGGACGCCGAGAGCCGGCCGAGUUUUCGCGAGCUGGCCGAGGAGUUCGCCAAAAUGGCCCGAGACCCGGGACGUUUCCUGGUCAUCCCGGGCGAUAAGCUGAUGCGCCUCCCAUCUUACACCCCCCAGGACGAGAGGGAGCUGAUUCGUUCCCUCUCGUCGGCCAUCGAGGGCGAAGGCAUCGUCAUGGCCGCCGAGGAAUACCUCCAGCCCAAAUACAGCGGAGGCAGCAUCGGCCUAACCGCAACAACCACCACUUCCUCGACCUCAACGUCCGAUCCCACCACCCCGGUCAAGAAAACCGCCGGGUACGCUAUAGGUACCGGAGCCGAAUACAUCUCCGGAAGGGCGGAGUCGCCCCAGAACCGCCACAACCUACAGAGGGAGAGGAAGUAUGCUCAUCUGGAGGCCGGGGCCGUGGGAUCCCCGGGACAGAGGCCGAGGGGCGACUCGCUCACCUCCCGGUACUGCUCUGACCCUCUUAAGAUGCUCGGUAAAGAUGUUGGCGAUGACGACUGUUUUAACGGUCACAGUCCACCUGCGUCAACGCCCGGUUACGGUUGGGUCGGUGAUCUGAGGCUCGAUCUACCCGUUGAUGAGGACGACUAUUUGAUGCCUUCACCACAGUCUUCUGGUCUGGCUACUAUUGGCCCCUCACACCAACACUAUAUGGACCUUAUGCCUGAUGCUCCUGACGGACGCAGACACGACCACAACCAGCCGUGCGGAUUCAAGGGCUCCAAUGGUACCAUCGGGCAGCAGUGGGUAGGCAUGGACAACCCGGAAUACCACAUGAUGAACGCCCGGGCACAGAUGUACGCCGGGAGACGCAUCCAUCCCCAGCAGACGGUUGGGGUCCCCGUGCUGGAGUCUGGACGCUUCAACAGCUACGGCGGGGGCAGCAGCGGUCACAGCAGCGUCAGCAGUAACGGCCUCCCGCACCACCAGCAGCAGCACCCGGCACAGGACUUACCACACGAAUACUACAACGAACUGUCGCCUCAUUCGCCCCAUGCCCUGGUGGCGCGGAGUGAAACUACGGUCUGAGUGUCGAGAUAUUAACUCGCCCGUUCUGACCCCUAAGGUGAACUUCAUCACACACUAAGGAGUCAGUCUAGCGAGUUAGAGUGCGUGAAUUACCCAUCCCCCCGGACUUAUCAAAGUGUGCGUUCUGUAUUCCUCUUACCCCUUCCCAAGUGCCGGUAAUAAAGUGCGAUGAGAAUAUAGACUCGUGUCGUAACGGAUAUUCAGAACGGGGUAACGAGGACGAAGGAUCCUUAAAGAGUGUGGGUGUGUGUUGGGGGGGGGGGCGGGUGACAUUCGGAAAAGUCCUUGCCAAAACGAUAGUGUCAAUACAGUGCAAAACAAAACAAAAAACAAAACAAUCAUUCUGGUGUGGAGAACAAACCAUCAUGACUAAACUCCCUCAAGACAAUAAUACAACAGGUUAUUAUUCCACUCCUAACCCACUUCUAACGAUGUGUUCACUUCUAACUAUGUGUCCACUCCUAACUAUGUGAUAUAUAACAAUGCCAAUUUCAUAACUAUACAUGUAAACGAUGGUCGUUCAACACCGCAUCUCUAACCCGACGUCUUGAGUGGACUGCGGACUCGACCGGACUGUGACUAGUCCACGUCUCAGAGCUCCAAAAUGGCUCUAGUCCACGUCUCAGAGCUCCAAAAUGGCUCGCCGUUAUUUCUGUGAUUUUAUAUAUAGUCUUGGCUAUUUUGUUGCUAGUGUUGCAAUAGAAUUAAUAGAAAAAGCCUUUUGGGUGAAUAUAACUCAUGGGGAGGGGGGGGGGGAGAAGCUUGUAAUUAGUGAUGAUGAUGAUAUUAACAGCCGUUGACCUUGUUGUACAGGUAGUGACCCAGCGAGAACCACCGUGUGACCUUAAACGGUCUUGGCCGAGGUUAUUGGUUCGUAUUUAUCACGGGAGAUAGUCGUUGACGAGUUAAAUGACUUCGUUGCGAUUAAUGGUAGUUAUGGCCGGGUUUAUUCCGAGUAAUCAUGGCCAUGUACUCUGGCAAAUGAUUAAGCAUACUCAAACACCCACAACACAGCAUUUAACCAAUUUAUUCUCGAGGUUAAUCAUCGCUACGUAAACGUCCAUCUCUGCGUCUUAACGAUCGUAACGUGGCAAAUUGACUUUUCCCACAUGGUGUUAUUGGUCAGGUUGGCUUAGGUUAGGUUAGUCCCAGGGCACAGUCUUGCCUCCCAACGUCAGGAUUGCCCAAACGUCUUGUAAAAAUGCGCGAUCAGCAUUAAGUCAGCCUCAGUGCGGUGUGGAAACGGCAUACAAGCAACUCAUCCGUUGGUAAGUACUGUAUAGUUAAACGAUGUUAUUGAAUUGCUCUCUCGAGUGUAACGGUCGUUGGGUUUCCGUGUAUAAAUAAAUAUGUAUAGUAUCGAACUGCUCUUUGUUGCCAAGUUUAUUCCCGGUCACCUUGAAAUAAAAAUAAAUAAUAAUAACGUGUUUCCGGAAAUGCUAAAAAAAAAAAAAAAUCAACAGCAUUCGUAAGUGUUCAUGGUGCCAAAAGUUCCCUAUACUCCGUGUGUAUAUAUAUAUCUCUAAUCUGCCGUCUUCUUCUUAGGCAGACCAAGUAGUUGCCAUUUUUAAAAUUAUAUCCCCCCCCAUCCCCCCUGGAAAAUAAUAGUUUAAUUGAUGAACUAGAGGAAUGGGUCUUUAAAAAAUGUCAUUUGAUAAUUUCUUCACAAAUCUUUUUAAAUAAGUCUGUGCUGAAUGAGACUUUUGACUUGUUUAUACGUUUGAAUGUUUUUAUUUGGAUACAAGUUUAAAUUUUUGAUCGUAUAAUUUCAGUGAUUAGGUUAUUGACGCCCUGUUUUCUUCAUCCGCUCGAUAGAUUAUUGUCGGAAUCCGUCUUUUAGGUUGAAUGAAUCGUUAAACGGCACUACUCCGUACGUCCAUCCGUCUAUUUGUUUACUGUCGAGGUGACACUGUGGUAUAAAGUACAAAUCAUUUCUUCCAUUCACCCAUUCCAGCUCCUGUGCUUGGUCUGUCGGAUAUGCACAAAUAUUAUCCCCUUAGAAAAGUCAACGUCGACAGCCCGUGCAAUACUCUCAAGUGCGUAAAUAUAGCUGUCAGUUAGCUUAAUAUUUCCAUGUAAGAAAUUCCUGGUAGCUUUGAGCUUUUUUUUUUUUAAGGACACAAGACUUUUGUUUUUAAUUUCACUGACAGUGGUAUUGUAGAAAACCCUCUGUCUGUCUGUAUGUAUUUUUAGUUUUCCUGUUCAAUGUACAGUGUUUUAUAUAUGUGUUUUUGUAGGAUUUUUUUUUAAUGAUGUCUGACGUGUUUGGACUGAUGGGCGGCCAUACAACACAUUCCCCUGUAGCCAUAUUUUAAUACUGACAAUGGCAAUUUACUUUUUUAACUUUUUUAGUGUUUGAUAUUUUCACUUACAAAUAUCUAAAUACUUGUUAUGAUUUGUUUAUGAAUUACUUGUGUAUUAGUGAUGUCCUGAACGAUCUAAAAUUGACAUUGAAAAAGAUAUGAAAUACAUGAGGACUUCACACGAACAUCAAUUAAAGAAAUUGUAUUUUUUUUCUCUACUUUAAAAUACUGUUGAGUUUUAACCCCCGUCUAAUCCACUACACAAAAAUAAUGUACAGUACAAUAAUUGUAUGAUAUAUUAUAACAUGUUGGCCAAAUACAGAGGUCUCAAAAAGUGGCCGCUCGUAAGGAACCGUGGGAACUUUUUGAUUCAUCUGGGAAACUUUUCCUUCUUACUCUACUCAGUCAGGGACCUGUAAAAAAUAUAUAAAUAUCCAACUCGAAAGUUCUAUGCCGGAUAAAUGUGAACUAUGGCGUCUUCAGUACGUGACCCAUAUUUAAAAACGUACAGUAGACCCCCUUGCUAUUCGUGGGGGGUUUUAAGUACCAAGAAAUGGCGACGAAUUGGCAAAAAACCGCGAAUAGAGACUCGUACUACCUCCGUGCAUUACUAUAUACGUAUAUUGUGUAUGGGAAAUACUUAAAAGUCGCCAAUAAUAACUCUCCUUUGUAUGUUGAAGCCUGGAGCAUGAUGGAGUGAUGUACAGUAUGUUAGGUUGAGACAUCUGGUUAGGUUAGGUUAGGGCGAUCAUCAGGGUCACUGUUGGAAGAGGGUGAUGCAGUGGGGGCGACUCGUAAGCUAGCCACCACCAUCUACCCACCCCAAAUCCCGAAUAGCUAACCCACAAAUAGCAAGAGUUUACUGUAUGUUGUAAGCGUAUCAUAAACAAGUUCAGGUUUCUAAAGUCGUCUUAUUGCAUUGUGGGAUGACUUUAUCGCCCUAAGUUCCGGAACAAGACAAAAUAAUGGGAUGAGUUAGAUCUCUACGUCCCAGCCAUUGGUACAAAAAAAAAGUUAUAUUUUUUACGUCCAUUAAAUAAUGAAAAGUUAAGUGUGAUCGGUGACGUGGCACUUUUAGUAAUAAUCGAUAAUCAAAACAAAAUUUCUCCGCUGAGUGAUCGAUCAAAAAUAAAUAAAAAUCCACAUUAUUGAUCAGUUUAUCUUCCAUAUUUCUUUAUAGAACAUUAUUGUAAAUAUUGGGGCUGUAAAUUGUAAAGUAUUUUUAGAGCAGAAUUCAUCACUUAUAUUUCAAUACCAUAAGUGUUUGUGUUUUUUACUUGUACUUAAUAGGAGUUAUGUACUUAUAUUUACAAGUAGAUUCUUCCUGACUUUGGUAGAAUCUUAUCGUGUUAAUAUUGAGAACUAGCCAGUGUGGUAGAGCUAGUGUGGUAGAGCCAGUGUCAUCCACCUGGUGUUAUAGAGAAUGAUUGAUGCAUAUUACACCGGCGGCUGACACUGGCACUAUGAGAUGGUGUAGUCAUCAAGAGUGGCAGGUAAUGGUUGUUGACUGAUGCCUUACUGAGACGAGAGAUAAUGUAAACAUACCACAAUUUUUUGCAAUAAAAGGCUCACUAUGA